GAACGCCCCCACAGAUGAAGAAAGGAAAGUGAAAGUGAACGAGUUCACAACUGCGUUACAGGACUGAAAGAAAAGGCGAGCUCAUUUGUCCAGGAUGUCUUCAGAUGAGGAUUUCUCUCUGGUCACUGAUGACAGCGCAUCAUUCAGCCUUAAAUCCAUUUAUAAACAGAUCGACAAGCUGAAGGCAGAUCACAAAGCCCUGGUGCACGAACAGACAUUGAUCUGUGAAUCCAAAAACAGCAACAUCAAGUUUACUCAAGAGUUCCAGCAGCGAGCCAGUAAUGCGAGAAAGCGUCUCGAGAACGAGGAGCUGAACCAAGCCAAGGCACUGAAGAAAGAGCAGAACAAACUGGCAGAUCUAAAAAAGGAUGAGAGCAAACUGAGUAUAGAGCUUCUGAAAAUCCAGCAGGAGUUGGAAAGAAUGGAUGAAACCCACCAGAGCCUGAAACAGCAGACUGAGGUGUCCACUGCAGUGCCGGAGAAGAAGGUUGUGUUUAACGGCGAGACGGCUGAAAAAGUUGAUGCGCUGAGUUUUGAUGUGAAACCUCACAUCAUGUACCCCAUGGAGGGAGGCACAGCAUUCAUCACCUUCGAAGAGGAAGAAGUUGCUGAAAAGAUCUUGGCUCUGAAGGAGCACGAAGUGCAGCUCGGGGAAUGUAGCAUCACCGUACGGGCUGAGCCGGUGCAGUUCCUCAUACCAGCCAGUGUUGAGAUGGACACUCAGGUUUGUCCAUGCCGCAUCCUUAUCUCCAACCUGCCCAAGAAAGAGAGCAUGGAGCGCCUCCUGGACAAACUGGAGAUUCAUUUCUCCAAGUCGAGAAACGGAGGAGGCGAAGUGGAGGAAGUCGUCUUGCUGGAAGAUUCUGGCAAUGUGGUCAUCACCUUCCUAGACAGCAACAUUGCCAAGGGUCUUACAGAUAAACAAAUGCAUGAGAUUGACUUGGACAAAGGAAAGAAAUGCAAGGUGAAGGUCACACCCUUUCUCAAUGGCGAGAUCACACUUCUCAAGACAUGUAACACGACCUGCUCCAAGACUGUGCUGCUGACAGGAAUCCCAGCUGUGAUGGAGAAGGACAACCUGCAGGACCUGUUGGAGAUCCACUUCCAGAAAUCUGCCAACAGUGGAGGAGAAGUAGACGCAAUUGUUUACAACCCAGUGGGCGAGAAAACCCUCGCUGUGUUUGAAGAAGACGCUGUUAAACCUGAGUAGAACCAUUAAAGUGGCCUGAGCUGCUAAAUCUGUUGCUGAUAUUCAGGACUUAUGUAAUGUACUUUUCCUGGAGGUCUUUCAUCUUGACAUGAACCAAUCAUAAUACUUAUGAAGUUUAUUUCACCAUGAGGAGGAUUGGACAAUUUAAAAAAAAAAAAAAAGUACAUUUAUCUAUAUUUGUAUCUUUUUGGACAACAUUUUAAUCGAACUUUGUUAGCUUUGCUAUCGAUAUUAUCACUUCUAGCAUGCUGGGUCUGUGACUUCUAUUGUAUUAGCUUUACAAAUUCAUGAAAAGACAUGAACCAGAGAUGGAUCUAAAGUUUCAGUGCUGACAGACUGCCUUUAUCUCAUAAGGUUUAUAGUAACAGAGUUGAUCACUGAAUUAGCAAAUACACAAAACGUGGUUGGCUAGCAUCCGUGCUAAAGGCAUGAAAACAUUAAAACAAGUUCCUUAAUAAAUGAUUUGUUUACUUUCAAUAUAA